AUGCAGAGCUCACUGAAACCACAGGCCGCCGCCUGCUCCGGACACAGCGCCGGCGUCCGCGUGAGCAAGCAGGCCGGUCCCGUCAAGGAACCGCUGCGUUCCGAGGUGAUCCACCUCCACGACCAGCCGGUUAUCCAAGUCACAAUCGGCUCCGAGAGGAAGACCUCCGCCGCCUGCGGCAGAGGCGGUGUCGGCGGCCAGCAAAGCCAGGCGGCGGGAGUUGUCCAGACGGUGGUGCUGGACACGGCCAGCGACGUGCCGUGGGUGCAAUGCCACCCCUCCGCGUCGGCGACGGACAUCACCUCCUCCUCCUACUACGACCCAGCUAGGUCGGCCACGUACACCGCCUUGGCGUGCAACUCCGCGGCCUGCGCGGAGCUCGGCCGCCUCUACCGCGGCGCCUGCGUCAACAACCACUGCCAGUACCGCGUCCCUAUCCCCAGCUCCCCCGCCUUAUCGUCGUCGUCGGGCACGUACGUCUCCGACCUCCUCGCGCUCGCGGCCGACCCAGCAAACGGCGCUUUAUCCUUCAAGUUCGGGUGCAGCCACGCCGAGGCCAAGCAGGGCGAAGAAGGCAGCUUGGACAACGCAACCGCCGGAGUCAUGGCGCUGGGCGGUGGCCCGGAGUCGCUGGUGUCCCAGACCGCGGCCACCUACGGGAGCGCCUUCUCGUACUGCAUCCCAGCGACGGAGAGCCGCCAGACGGGGUACGCGCGGGUGCCCACGUUCUACCGCGUGCGCCUCCUGGCCAUCGCCGUCGACGGGCAGCAGCUCAACGUGACCCCCUCGGUGUUCGCCGCCGGCUCCGUGCUGGACUCCCGGACGGCCAUCACCCGGCUGCCGCUGACGGCGUACCAGACGCUGCGCGAGGCGUUCAGGAGCAGGAUGGCCAUGUACAGGGAGGCGCCUCCGCAGGGGAACCUCGACACCUGCUACGACUUCACCGGCGCCUUCUUAGUCAUGGUGCCAAGGAUCGCGCUGCUGUUCGAUGGGAACGCCGUCGUGGCGCUGGACCGGCAGGGGAUCCUGUUCCACGACUGCCUCGCGUUCACGUCUAACAGCGACGACCGCAUGCCUGGGAUACUUGGCAACGUGCAGCAGCAGACGAUGGAGGUGCUCUACAAUGUUGGCGGCGGCUCCGUCGGCUUCCGCCGCGGCGCGUGCUGA